CCGUCAGAGGGAGGGAGUUGCAGCGAAUCAGCGCCGCAGACACGGCGAAGCUCAAGCUGUCACCUCCCAUCCGUCGAGCUGUCAGUUGACAGCGGCACACAUGAACAUCAAUGCUGCUGAGCUGGAGUUGGCCACCCGUUGACAUUACGUCGUGCUAUCUUCUCCUUUCGAACGAGGAAAGAACAUGACAGGAUGUACGCUUGUCAUCUCUACGGACUAACCAGAAACGCGUAGGAGGACGGCUGAGAGCUGCUUGCUAGCGGGGAGCAGUUGGCUAGUACCAACAGUUAGCUCGCAUGCUAACGGUCAGCGGAGAGCUGUUCUGCUUUGUGCCCGUCAUUCGGCGACCGAAGACCGGAGGGACUAAUGCUAGCUGUUAGUCCAGAGCUCUUACAUUUCCGCACAGUCGUAUUUAUGAGUUGUUUUUAUGUUUUCUUUUAAGGCUACGUCGUAAUUUGCUUCCCGUUUACCACUGGGCUAGAAGCUUUGUGUGUUGUCAACGUUCCCUAAUAUAACGAAAAUUUAUCACUGGUACUUGCUAGCUUGCGAGCUAAUCGGCUAUGCUAACGCCAGCUCAGUGAGAGCUCACGUCGCAGGGGUGCGGAGAGCUCCAGACGAGUCAAAGAAGAAAGAGUGGUGAUGUGGGCCACGUAAAACAGCGUUGUUGGCUGUAACCUAUCAUAUUUUCUGACAUUAGUCCCUCUCAAGCUUGGACCGUGUCCUGAGACAGACUUUGUGGGACGGAAAAAAAGAACAAAACGGGACCAGUUUGGAUUUGGGAGCUGGCUAAAUGAAUAGUAUUCAUAUUAUUGAAUCGUGAGUUGUUGGCCACUGAGCCAGUUUAAAAGAGAAGACUAUUGGAACCAUCCCACGUACUGCAAUAAUCAUCCGGUUUGCGUAAAUAUGGCUUCAGCGAGCAGCAUUGCCGCCUCUAUUGCGAGCAAAACGAAGACCAAGAAAAAACACUUUGUUGCUCAGAAAGUGAAGCUCUUCCGUGCCAGCGACCCUCUGCUCAGCGUGAUUAUGUGGGGAGUCAACCACUCGAUAAAUGAGUUAAGCCAUGUUCAGAUUCCCAUCAUGCUGAUGCCAGACGACUUCAAGGCCUUCUCUAAAAUUAAAGUGGACAACCACCUCUUCAAUAAGGAGAACAUGCCCAGCCAUUUUAAGUUCAAGGAGUAUUGCCCUCUGGUGUUCCGAAACCUCAGGGAGAGGUUUGGAAUUGAUGAUCAAGAUUUCUCGAACUCUUUGACUCGCAGUGCUCCCUUGAACAUUGAGGCCCAGGGACGCAGUGGAGCCCGCUUCCAUACUUCUUACGACAAGCGCUACGUCAUCAAAACCAUCAGCAGCGAGGAUGUGGCUGAGAUGCAUAACAUACUAAAGAAGUAUCACCAGUUCAUUGUGGAGUGCCAUGGUAACACGCUGCUGCCUCAGUUUCUGGGGAUGUACCGGCUCACAGUGGACGGAGAUGAGACCUACAUGAUUGUAACACGCAACGUCUUCUCCCAUCGCCUCUCCGUCUACAAAAAAUAUGAUCUGAAGGGCUCCACCGUGGCAAGAGAGGCCAGUGACAAAGAAAAGCAGCCACCCCCACCAGAGGAUGUGCCCCCGCGGCCCAAAUCUGGUAACGUUCAGCAAAGGCUGCAAACACUGCGGAUUGCCACGCGCUUUUACUGCGCCAUGAAACACGUAAGAGAUGCCAAGGAGCUGCCCACCUACAAGGACAAUGACUUCAUCAAUGACGGCCAGAAGAUCUACAUCAACGAGGAGAACAAGAAAAUGUUCCUGGACAAGCUUAGGAAAGAUGUGGAGUUCCUGGCCCAGCUGAAGCUCAUGGACUACAGUCUGCUGGUGGGGAUCCAUGACGUUGAGCGAGCCGAGCAGGAGGAGGUGGAGAGCGAGGACAAUGAGGCAGAGGAGGAGGGGGAGAGCGACGGCGGGGGCAUCGGGACACCCCCCGACAGUCCCAGUAACACGCUGGACAGCAACAAGCCUCUUUCACCUGGGGAGUUUGAUCCCGCCAUCGACGUCUACGCCAUCAAAAGCAACGACAGUGCUCCCAGGAAGGAGGUUUACUUCAUGGCUGUUAUAGACAUCCUUCAGCAUUAUGAUGCCAAGAAGAAGGCUGCCCACGCCGCCAAAACUGUCAAACACGGGGCCGGAGCAGAAAUCUCCACGGUGAACCCCGAGCAGUACUCCAAGAGGUUUUAUGAUUUCAUCACAACCAUUCUGUCAUAGCCUCCAGGAGUGGCUGGGGCAUGUGGGGAAAGGGAGAGCAAGUAGGGAGGAGAGGAGAAGUGGCAGAAAAAAAAAGAGAAUGAAAAAAAUAAAAGCACGCAGAGGCUGAAUUAACAAGGUGCUGUGGCGGCUUCGUGCGGCUCUCCCUCGUCCAUCCUCCUCACCCCUCACUGUUUGCUUCCCUCUCAUUAAGCGGGUUGCCACUCUGCAGCUAAACAAAACAUAGUUUGUUUACAUUUAACCUCCUCUUUUGAGUUGUGUCCGUGCGUUACGUGGACGAGGGCUUUUAAAAGCAAGUGUCCGAGUCAUUACAUUAUUCAUGCUGUUUAUCGUGAUUAAUAUGGGAAUGUGGCUUUUUUUUUUCUUUUUCUUUUUUUUAACAAACCAUCCAGCACCUGUUUUUUUUUAUUUGUCAUUUACCUCUUUAUGUGUUUUGGAUGUUUGAGGGAGGGUAUGACGUACACAAGGAGAGAGAAUGAGGCCCGAUUACAGCAGACGAGAAGGCUUUAGGAGGAGGAGGAGGUAAAGAUGAGGUUUGCCAUGAGCCUCGUCUAAUGCGGUUGCUUCGUUUCAGGAAGUAGGAUGCAGUCUUCCAAUAGGCCAACAGCCAAACUCGCUCCCAAAUGUCGUAGAAGCGCUCAGCCAAACAGAUCCUCCCGCUUUUGGGCUCCUGCCACAUCGCUCGGCUCCCGGAUGUCUCCCCCCCCCCCCCCCCUCCGGUGAGCUUCUGGGUCCCUCCCUCUGCACGCCGUUUUCCCCUCGGAUAAAUUCAAACGUACUGGUUUGCGUCUCGGUGUCGGUCGGUCUUCUCCGUAAUGCACAGCAAUCUUAGAAUAAUAAAGGGAAGGAUGUGCAGCUGUUGAAAUCCGAGGGGCCAGUUAGACGACUCCCGCCCGCACAGUCAAACAUCAGCUGCCCUUUUGCCAAGAGCACCUUAUGAGCAGAGAUCCUUACUGUCGCACUUUGAUCUGUUCCUACAAGCUAGUAUUCUGUUACUUGCGGCGCAACAAAAGAAAGAAACUCUCUUUGAACUGAAUUGCAACUGCCUGAUCCCAGAUCCCCCCCAUUCCCUCUGCCAGGGCUGCCUCGGCAAGGGUUUACCAACAACGGCUGACUGGUUGUGUUCACGGGGCUUUGGAAAACGGGCCUUUUUCCCCAUUUUACAGGAAGCGUGCUGUGGCAUCAUGGCUGCGGGGGGGUGG